AUGGCUUCGGCAUCGGUCCCCGCGGCCUUUGCGGCCGCGUCCUCCGUCGUGACCGGCGCGGACAUUUCAUCCUCCACUCCCCCGAGGUGUUCUCGUGCCAGUGGCGUCUCUCUCCGCCUUGCUCGCCGGCCCAAGCUCGCGCUUAUCUCUUCCAAGGUUCGAUCCGUUCUAAAUUAAGAUUUGUACAUUUGUCUCGGUUUAUGGCGGGUAAAGGCCAAUCGCGAAGCGAGCAGACUUCGUUCUUCGGUUGGGCUAGUUAUCAGUUUGACAGAGUUGGUAGCUCUGUGUUCAUUUGUUCCGUCAAUCUCGAUCACUGCGAUGGAUUUCUGUCCUUGGUUGAAGUUUUGUUUUCUUCUCGGUUCUGUUGGUUCCUCUUCAGGCGCGUGGAAUCAAUUUCUGCGGCGACAGAUCUCGUGGCUUUGUUACGAAGUCCCAGACGAGUGAGGUGAACCUCAUCACUGCUGAUAGUCAAGUCGCUGAUGCUGUUUCUGCCAUCCUCUUCGUACUUGUCGCUCAUUACCUUGCGCUCUCUUUCUUUCCCGUGUUUAAGGUUGUAGGCGGGCUGUCCAAUGAUUCCAUAGCUGUUGACCUGAAACCUAAAUUGCCCGAGGGCGAUAGUGCAGAACCAUCAGCGAAGGGGGCUGUGGCAGCCCCCAUGUCCGAGGAGGCAGUCUCGGAGUUCCUAAAUCAGGUUUCGAGCCUCAUUAGGUAGGUCCCUCUUUGCUUACUCCGUGUUUUUCGUUUUAUUCCGUGGAAGUUCUGCAUAUGGACAGACCGCUUCAUGCCUGAUCUGUGAUGCAGGCUUGUUGAUUCCAGAGAUAUCGUUGAGCUGCAGUUGAAGCAGCAAGACUGUGAGCUGGUCAUCCGCAAGAAGGAGGCCUUGCCUAUUCCGCCUGCUCCUAACCCUGUUGUCAUGAUGCAGCCCCAAGGAACAUCACCUGUCUUGCAGCAGCAAUUUGCACCUUUGCCACCUGUAGCCCAACCACAAGCAAGUUCUGGUGCUUCGCCUUCACCCCCGUCCUCACCUGCUGCUGCAAACAGCUCUGCCAAAUCGUCUCAUCCUCCGCUUAAAAGCCCCAUGGCGGGAACGUUUUACAGAAGCCCAGGCCCAGGACAGGCGCCUUUUGUGAAGGUGAUGAUGGAUGGAUGGAUCCCUUCGUCGUUUUGUAGCAACGAAUCAUAAGUUAUACAGCCUCCAUUUGAUUUCCCGGUAAAGAGGAAUGUUUCAGAGCUACAAAAGCUUGUUAACUCUCUUAUUGGACUUUAAACCUUUAGGUUGGGGAUAAGGUCAACAAGGGUCAGGUCCUUUGCAUCAUUGAAGCUAUGAAGCUGAUGAAUGAAAUUGAAGUAAGACUGAAUCCUGAUUCCUUCAUCUUGCAUUGGUUCAUUUACCUUAUAAUUUAUUUAUUUUUUUCCUGUACGAGAGGUUCAAGUUGGCUUCACUGAAUAUGUUCUAGUGCUCGCAAUGGAGUGUUUUUGGUUGUGGAUGGUGGACAAAUUUCUUUGUCCGUUCAUAAUCUUCACAUAUUGUCUAUAGAUUGGAUGGACAUCUUUUAAUCUACUAAACUUCUAAAUCUUUCAGUCUCACUUUUUUUAACACGCGUAAUGUUCUGAUUUAUCAAUUCUGGAUUGAGUGUUUGCUUGAGUAUGAAACCUCUUAGAUGCUGUGCGUAAUUAGAAAUCGGUGAAUGAUUACUGAAGAUAUCUAUAUUUUGUGUGAUGAAGCAAAAUUCAUGUUUGUAAUGGACUCUAAAGAAGGUAAGGCUCUUUUUUGUGAACAGAUUUGUAUGUUGUUGUGGAGCUUUAUAGAGGCAUCAUCAAUUGUUUGUUUUUAUAUUUUUUUAGUCGUCACCUAAGAAAUUGAUGAUGCUUUCCCUUUUUGUCUAUUGGCGAGUUUUUUUCAGGUUCAUGUUUACGACAUUAAGCUGUUUUUUGUCUUCUCAUUUCCUUUAGUGCCAGGCUCCUGAAUGCUGAUGUAAUAUUUAGGAUCAAUUAUAGAGUAUUUUUUGCUCUGUUUUUUUUUCCUACCAUUAAACUAGGUCAAAAGUUAGCCUACUUUUACCUUGAAUGCAUGAUUCAUCAAGUCAGUAUUAUAGGUGGCGCUUAAUAUUAUUUUGUAAAUAAAAGGUUUUCUCAAUGAGUACCGAAGGUUUCUCAGGGGCAUCUCCUUGAAACUAUGCGAUUGGCGAAGGAAAAUAGUUGUUAUCCUAGUAGGCCAGUGUGAAUGCUUCUGUAAUCUAUCUGGACACGAAAUGUUUCUCGUUAUAGAGAAAGAAACGUAGAUGAUGAUCGUAAAUUCUGCACCUUGAGAUCUUCAUGUAAAUUUGGCUGUCAACGGGUAAAUGGCUGUUAAAGAAAGAGCUAGAGGUGUUAGAUUGUUUGUUGAGUACAAAAACUUGUGAUUCUUUUAAUUAUGACUUUUACUAAUUUAAUACCAAGUAGCAAUGAACGUUCGUGGCUUAUGGCAUUGGAUGGCGGCAUUUCCCGUGAGUGGCAUUCAAUAGAGACUACGACGAAGGAGAACAUCUCUAGGAGUAUACGACAUUGAUGGUGGAUAGUCUGUGGUAGUGCCAUGGUGAGUGCAGUUAUCUGGGAUGACUAUUGCAGUGGUGAGUGACAAUGUCGGUGUUGAUGCUUGGCGGUGACGAGGGUAGGCAGUGAUAGUGGUGGAUGGGAAUUGAACACCGGUGGUAGAAAUGAAUGACCGUUGCAGAUGACUUCUCUGUCAUUAUCUUGCAUCAGUGGGAGGAGACAGUAGUGGUAGGUUGUUGCUGAUAUCUAUAUAGAUGAAUGAUAAUGGCUUUAAGUGGUGAGCUGGAGGUUGUUGGCGCGCCAAACUUGUGCCCAGUGAGGGUGUCCUAUAGUUGGAUGCAUAUGGGUAUAGUGAGAAUUUUAAUGGCUUUUAGGUCCUGUAGACGAAAAGUUCUAUCUCGUUUGGACUCUGGACUCUGGACUUUGGACUUUGUUACUCCAGCUGGAUGCAUAUGGGUAUAGUGAGAAAGUUACUCCAGCUGGACUCUGGACUUUGUUUCAAAAAAACUUUUCAUGUGGACCGCACUUUUCUCCUGCCACGAAAUCUUUCCAUUUUAAGUGGCAAAGGAUUCCUAUAUCUCAACUUUACUUCAUUUUAACCAUUAUUUUUCACUUUUUAUUUAUUUUUACUCCACGAAAUUCGACAAGUGGUAUAAUGACGCACGAUUUGUUCUCAACUCUGACGAAGCCCAACACACAUGAGUUGCUUUGAAGUCCUUAAUCAGCAGAGGACUCUGACAACCACCGAAAGCCGAGUCAUCUCUGUGGGUGCUUUUCAAGCUAGUCAAGAACAGUCCCUGGUUUUUCUCAUAAACAAGUGGUCUGUUUGUCCUCGUAGCUGAUGAAUCUGAUGAAGUGGAUAAAAAGGACGGUGAUCCCUAACUUAUUGCGAUCACUUUCAUAGAUAUUUCCAUAACGGGCAAACAAUUUAUUUGUGACGUUAAAUAGAUUAUUUCCGAAAACAAAUAUCAACCAUUCGGAAGAAGUUUUGACGACAACAACUACUGAUAUAUGCUUCUGGAUUCCUUUUUUUUUUUUUUUUUCUUUUUCCCUUUGUCAAUCUGAAGCUUUAUAUUUUGUUAAAAAAUUUAUGGUUCCUCACAUACUAAAAUAAAUCCCACUACACUUACUUAAAUAAGCUGCAUUUUUAUAAAAUGGCUCUUUUGGCAGGCUGAUCAAGCAGGAACUGUGGUGGAGAUUUUAGCCGACGAUGCAAAGCCUGUGGGCAUCGAGCAGGUAAAUUUGAGCGUCAUCUUCCUGGGUCUCGCAUUGCAUCUACGAGCUCGCAUGAUAAACCUAAUUUUUCAUUGGAUUCACCUUCUGCAGCCGCUGUUUGUGAUUGAGCCGUGA